CUGAAUAUUUACUUUUCCAUUGAAUGGAUAACUCUUUAAAAGCAGUCGGUGUAAAAAAUAUUGAAAACUAGUAUUAUAAAUGCACUUUGAAAACAUACUCAGCAGCUCAUAACUGUGGUUAACGUGCAGUGUUGUUCAACCAGCUGUUUUACUUGCAGGAAAAUGUUCUAAAAUACUCUUCCUCAGACUGCACAACUUCUCGCUAUGAGUGGAAAGACACCGAAACCCAGACGACCGAAGAAAUAUUACGGAUACACCAACCAGGACAUCAACAAUGCAAUCUCAAUGGUGGUUCGGGAAGAGUUUUCGAUACGGCAAGCGGCGAAAGCUUUCAACAUACCCCGCACCACUCUCGCUUGCUAUCUGAAGAACUCCACAGGAACAAGAAAAAUAUGUCCAAUGCGCCCGGAAGAGGAAGAUUUUCUACUACAGUGGAUGACCGACUGCUGUCAGCGAGGAUUUUCGAUAAAAAAGCGCAACGUCGAAGCUGCUGCUGAACAACUCAUUCGACAGAGCAGUGAAACCCGCUUGCAUCCCUUUGUGGACACUGUAUAUUAUGAGAAAUUUCUGAAGCGUUGGGUUUCUACGGAUAGGGUAAAGGAUCGAAAAGUUAUCGGUGUUGUACCGGAUUGGUUCUCGCAUGUCGAUCGCUAUCUGACUGAGGGCAACCAUAACGAUAUACUCAUCGAUCCUAAUCGAAUAUUCUUGUGCGAUGAGUUCAAAUUCCAGGAACGGAUGGACGUUUCAGAAAAUAUAAAAACUUCCCUCACUGAGACUAACAUGCUAUACACGAUAACGGCUUCCGGAAAUGUUUUACAACCGUUAAUAGUGUAUCCUUUCAAGGGAGAAAUACCGGAGAAAAUUAUAAAAUCUGCCCCGAAAAAUUGUGCUAUUGUUCCUCAACAGCACGGAACUGUUACACCAAAAAUACUCAUCGCUUACUUUAAAAGGGUUCUUCGCAAGUUCAUCGAGCAAAACAACAUCCCAAAACCAGUAAUCGUAUACAUUGACGAAUCGCAAAUCGAUCUGACCUUGGAGUUGACGACGGCCUGUAAAAAUCUGGACAUAGUGAUUCUUGGCCUAACCUGUCAGGUAAUGAAACCAACCGUCAGCCUGUUUCGCGAUUUAGCUACGGGAUGGACCGACGAGGUACAACGAUGGUGUCAAAUGCACGGUCAAUGUCUGCCCAUCGAAGAAUGUGCCAGAAUAAUGCAAUCCGUGAACCAGAAGUUCAUUAACCGGCUCAGUAUUACCAAAGACUUCCAGGAUAGCGCAUUGUUUCCGUGGCGAUUUCAGACGGACAACUCGGUUGCGCAACAGAUUCGUCCCAUCUUUUCGGAAGACUUCGAGGACGAUGAUUUAGAGAUUGAAGAAUUUCUUAAAGAUGUCAGUGAGGACGAAGAUGACGAUGAUGAUGAUGAUGACGGUAUUAUUCCUGAAAAAAUUGACAUCGAUGUUCAGCAAAAAGUUGACACUACUCAAACCGUAACAGGCAUUGAUUCUCAACCACAACCGAUAAAACCCCCAACAAUUGAAGAAAAUUUCAUAGCAGAAAGCACAAUUAGAUUAAAAUAUGGCAAUUUUCAAAACAUGUUAGGCAAAGAAUUGACUGAGAAGUGUAGCAAAAACUACACUUCAACUGCUCCGACGUUUUCCAGUAGAGCCGAACGAGUCCUUUUCGACAUCUAUCGGAAAUUCAGAAAUACUCAGAAUCAAGCUGCUAACAUUGGUAAGAAUGACGUUAUUGAAAUAGUAGAAAUUGGCGAUGAUUGAAUUGCCAUGCGGAGAACAGUGACGGCCAUAUGCAUUUUCUGGUAAGUUCCCGAUAAUUAAGCCAAAUAAUAUUGUGAAUUAUGUUUACUGCUGUUCUGUAUACGUCUCAAUCGAUUCUAAUGAAAGUGGAUAUUUCGAUCUCAAGUUGAACUAAACUCAACUAAUCAAUAAAAAUUAUAGAGCAUCUACUA